AUAAACAAUUUGGGGACAUUAAUCCUAAAAAAAAACUUCUUAUUUCUAGAUUUUAAUAAUUUAUAUAUUUUUUAUUGAAUAAGCUUAUAAAAGCGUAGGUGAAUACUGAAGAAAAGCCCACAGGAAUAUCCAAAGUGGUAUUAAAGUUUUGACAAAAGUUUUAUCCGAAACGAUGGCGGUGAUGGUCCGCAGCUCUUGUUUCCUCACUCGCCCCAACAACUCCUCCUCCUCCAAACCCUUCCCGGCCGAUCAAUUCUCUCCCAAGUCCCAUCUUCCCGGAAAAUUAGCUUCGUUUUCAUUGAAAGUGGAAAAGCUUAAAUCAUCACUCAAAGAUACUCACAAUGAAGUGUUAGAGAUACACCAUAGUCAGGGAAACAUGCAGGUUAACGUCCCGGCAGUGGCAUUUUUUGUUAGCAACGCUCUGGUCACUGUGCCUUUUAAAGCUUUAGCAGAAACAUGUGAGGCUGAUAAUUCUAUGUCCAACAUGCCUGUGCUGCUCGCUGUAGCUCUUAUUGGGGCUACUGUUGGAGGUUUGCUCGCUCGGCAAAGGAAGGCAGAGCUGCAACGAUUGAAUGAACAGCUUCGCCAGAUAAAUGCAGCUCUUAGAAGGCAAGCAAAGAUCGAGUCUUAUGCUCCCACAUUAAGUUAUGCCCCUACAGCAGGAAGAAUACCAGAGAGUGAGGUAAUAAUUGAUUCAAGGAAGCAAGAAUUGAUUUCCCGUUUGAAAGCUGGGAAGAAUUUUUUGAGGAAUCAAGAACCAGAGAAAGCAUUUGUGGAAUUUAAGACUGCCCUUCAACUUGCUCAAGAAUUGAAUGAUGCUAUAGAGGAGAAGAAAGCAGCCAGAGGCUUAGGAGCUUCCCUUCAAAGGCAAGGUAAGUAUCAGGAGGCUAUAAAAUACCAUUCAUUGGUUUUGGAGAUCUCCGAACGUGAAAGAGAGAAUUCAGGAAACACCGAAGCUUAUGGAGCUAUAGCCGAUUGUUAUACCGAGCUUGGAGAUCUUGAGCGUGCAGCAAAAUUUUAUGACCAGUAUAUUUCAAGGUUGGAAAAAGACUGAUAAAAUCAUUUUGUUUAAGCUGCUCCAGGGUGUUAGAAAAUUUAGUUGAGGGUACGGAGAAUGGCCUGCGGAUCUUUUCAGUUUACUUGUGUUCAAAAAUGUGUAGAAUGCUUUUUCUAAGGUGUAGAAUGCUUUAAACUCAAUUUGAAUAAAUAAUUGGAAAGGAAGGAGUAA